CAGUACUAGCAAUGUAGAGUGAUGUAGAAGUUGAUGUUGGUAAAACUACAGUUUAUAAUAUACUUACAUCUCAAUACACAAUAAUAAUUCAUUUAAAUACAUGCUACUUAAAGAUUUUCUUUUUAUUUAUUUAUAUAUAUAAAGAUGAAUAUAUUUACUACUAUGUGUAAUUUCUCCAGUAACAAAUCACUCUCAACUUGACAUUACGACUAAAAAAAAAAAAAAAAAGUUGAUAAAUCUAAACAACCGGCUCGUUUAUAUGUUUAUAUAUAUUUAAAAUGGAGACCAUUGAAAGCAAUAUAUUAAGUUUUGUAAAAAUAGUCUGUCCUCCAGCUGAAGAAUUAAGUGUAAUUAUAAAUAAUGUGAGGUGUAAUCAGUGUGGGCUGGUAUUUCAAAAUGAGUCGCGUUUUCGUCUCCAUGAUUUAAAAGUUCAUCAACGUAAAAAUUUAGACAAAAUUGUAAAAGAUUCAAUCAAAUAUCAUUGCCCCGAAGUAUCAUGUAUUUAUUCACCUACUUCUCAAAGAUAUUUUACUACCAUGAAGUAUUUAAAACAGCACUAUCUUAAAGUCCAUGCUGCUAAAACAUUUUCAUGCACACAGUGUGAUAAAAGUUUUUCAACAGAAGCUGCCAAGGCCGCACAUAUCAGAGUAUGUGGUUUGGAAUUUAUCUGCAGUUGUUUUAAAAAUUUUACGACAUACGAAGCUCUUUUAACUCAUGCCAAAAGACACUCGCAUUUAUUUGAUGAAAAAUAUAAAAAUUUGCUCAAACGAGCUUCCACGAAAAAUCUUCCAGUUGUCCAACUAAGUAAAAUGGUGCAGAAAAAAUUGCCAGUCUACAUACGCCCAUAUCAAGAAAGUAAUCAGGUUAUCCAGGAGUCAAAGGGGACAAAGGACACGCGGGACAUGGCGAUUCAGACAGAUGAUUUUAAAAAGAUUAAACGAACAUUGAGUCCUUCCAAGUCGAACAAACGACGUGAGUCCCGACAAACUCAAACCAACAGUCUAAUGAAGGAAAAACGUAACAGGAAAACUGUUGAGACACAAACAUCUGCAGCUAGUGUUCGAGAACUCAAAAAAUUAAGCACAAAUAAAAAGCUAAAUCUUCCAAAGAAAGACUCACAAUUAAAUAAUAAUAAUAAUAAUAAUAAUAAUAAUAAUAAUAAUAAUAAUAAUAAUAAUAAUAAUAAUAAUAAUAAUACAUUUACGAAUGACGAUUUAUUUUCUGAAAGUCCAUUGCCACUGGAUGGGAUGCAAGACUUGUGGCAAGUCAGAAGUCUGGGGGCUAAAAUUCAAGAUAAAAAUAUUAUUGACGAUUUAUAUGAUAACGUAACACAGACUAAUAUUUUGCCAUACUACCAAGAAGAUAGUAUUAACCAGAUGAAUAUUAAAAAUUCACUUUUUUCAACUGCUACCCGGAUUUCUAGGUCAGAUCCCAUGCUGACUGAAGAAACUCUGAACGAUAGAUUUAGUAGUAUUGAGACUCAAACGGACAGGCCGUACCUUGAUUCAAUUUUUGAUUCGGAUCCUCCAAACUACUCUCGCACUUACGCGCUCAGCUCCAACAACGAAACUCAAACAACUCAAGAAUUCGAUGACAUGAAGAAUCUUCUGUACAGCAAUAUGUGCACUCAGACGUGCUACGACAAUACUAGUCAUACUGAAACUCAAACUGAUCUUCUUAAUAUAUUUGAUGAAUUACAAUAAUAAUAAUAAUAAUAAUAAUAAUAAUAAUAAUAAUAAUAAUAAUAAUAAUAAUAAUAAAUGAAAAGAAUAUGUAUAAUUUUAUUUGUAUUAAAUUUUUUUAAUAUACAGACUAAAAAGCACCACAAGCAUAUACGCGGUAAAAAUUAUAUUUAACGUUUAAUAUCUUGUUGUAUCAGUAACAAAUUUAUCGCCUCUUUUAAAAUAACCAUCUCAUCAAUAUCUUAAUGUAUAUUUUCUUAAAAAUAUUGUUUUUUUUUCUUCUUUUUUUUGUAUAGUAAUGCUAGCGUCGAUUAUCUGUGUACAUAUUUAUAUAUAUGUUAUAAUAAUAAUCAUAAUAAUCUAUAAACUAUAGAAAUCGUUCACAGAACGAGAAUAUAUUUAUUAAUUAAAAUUGUAU